AAUCCCGCCCUGCUAAGCUGGAUCAGAAAACUCUACCACCGCUAACCAGCUACAACAUUACCCAGCAUCCCACAGCAACAGGUAGCUGUUAAACACAAGCAGCACAACUGAGUGACUGUGCAAGAAUCUACGUCAUGCUCUGAUAUAACUGACACCUGUCAAUGAUCUGACACCAGAUCAGCUUUUGAACGUGUGGACAUACAUCUCCAUUGGGGACAGAGAGACGGACCAAGAUAGAGGAAGAAGAAGAAAAAAGGAGAGCAGAACAAACACUUGAGUCACUGUGAGCUUAGGUCCCUCACAUGGUGACUUCUAAUUUCAAAACUUUGAACCAGAAACAUGGUCAUUCUGCAACAGGGGGACUAUGUCUGGUUGGACCUCAGAACAGACCAUGAGUUUGACGUCCCUGUUGGUGCUGUGGUCAAAUUUUGUGACUCGGGUCAAAUCCAGGUCUUGGAUGAUGAAGGAAAGGAGCAACAGAUCUCUCUUCAGAAUGCAACGAACAUCAAGCCCAUGCACCCAACCUCCAUUCACGGGGUGGAGGAUAUGAUCCGCCUAGGGGACCUGAAUGAAGCUGGGAUUCUUAGAAAUCUCCUGAUUCGUUACAAUGACAGAGUCAUAUAUACAUAUACUGGAUCAAUCCUGGUAGCGGUGAAUCCAUACCAGCUUCUGCCCAUCUACACCCCCGAUCAGAUCCGGCUCUACACCAACAAAAAGAUCGGAGAGAUGCCGCCGCACAUCUUUGGCAUUGCAGACAACUGCUACUUCAGCAUGCAAAGAAACAAGAAGGACCAGUGCUGCAUCAUCAGCGGUGAGUCUGGAGCUGGAAAGACGGAGAGCACCAAGCUCAUCCUGCAGUUCCUGGCAGCUAUAAGUGGCCAACACUCCUGGAUUGAGCAGCAGGUUCUGGAGGCCAACCCGAUUUUGGAAGCAUUUGGUAAUGCCAAGACAAUACGCAAUGACAACUCAAGCCGGUUUGGAAAAUAUGUUGAUAUUCACUUCAACAAGCGAGGAGCUAUUGAGGGGGCAAAGAUCGAGCAGUACCUGCUGGAGAAAUCAAGAGUUUGCAGACAGGCAGCGGAUGAGAGGAACUAUCAUAUAUUCUAUUGUAUGCUGGCAGGCAUGAGCCCGGAUCAGAAGACUAAAUUAGGUCUGGGCCGGGCCACAGACUACACUUAUCUUACUAUGGGGAACUGUACUGUCUGUGAAGGGAGGGAUGAUAUGAAGGAAUACUCCAGCAUCCUGUCAGCCAUGAAGAUCCUGAUGUUUACCGAAACUGAAUACUGGGAGAUCUCCAAACUGUUGGCUGCCAUCCUACAUAUGGGCAACCUGCGCUUCGAAGCUCGAACACAGAGAAACCUGGACACCUGCGUGGUGGUUCGCUCUCCCGACCUGGCUAACGCAGCCUCUCUGUUGGAGGUGGACCCUCAGGAUGUCAUGAUGUGUCUGACCACACGUACCCUGAUCACCAGAGGUGAGAGUGUUUCCACCCCCCUCAGUGUGGAGCAGGGACUGGACGUCCGGGAUGCCUUUGUCAAGGGAAUCUAUGGGAGGUUGUUUGUGUGGAUAGUGGAUAAAAUCAAUGCUACCAUCUUCAGGGCUCCUUCCACAGAAAACAGGACCGUUCGCAGGUCUAUAGGCCUGCUCGACAUCUUCGGUUUCGAGAAUUUCACUGUUAACAGCUUUGAGCAACUGUGCAUCAACUUUGCUAACGAGAACCUGCAGCAGUUCUUCGUCCACCAUGUUUUCAAGCUGGAGCAGGAGGAGUAUAACCUGGAGGACAUCAACUGGCAGGACAUUGAGUUCACCGACAACCAGGACGCCCUAGACAUGAUUGCCAUCAAACCUAUGAAUAUCAUUUCCCUCAUUGAUGAGGAGAGCAAGUUCCCAAAGGGAACAGAUGCAACCAUGCUGAACAAGCUAAACUCCCAGCACAAACUUAAUACCAACUACAUCCCGCCUAAGCACAGCCAUGAGACUCAGUUCGGCAUUCAGCACUUUGCUGGAGUGGUGCACUAUGAAACUAAAGGUUUCCUGGAGAAGAACCGAGACAGUCUCCACAGUGACAUCAUCCAACUCGUCCAUUCAUCCAAAAACAAGUUCAUCAAGCAGAUCUUCCAAGCUGAUGUUGCCAUGUUUCUGUGUGGCUAUAUGGAGCCCACUGCAACCCUUCAAAAGGGAAUGGAGACGAGGAAACGCUCGCCGACUCUCAGCAGUCAGUUUAAGCGCUCACUGGAACUGCUCAUGAGGACGCUGAGCGUCUGUCAGCCUUUCUUUGUGCGCUGCAUCAAACCCAACGAGCUCAAAAAGCCCAUGAUGUUUGAUAGAGGACUGUGUGUCAGGCAGUUGCGCUACUCUGGGAUGAUGGAGACGAUCCGCAUACGCAGAGCUGGAUAUCCCAUACGCUAUACCUUCGCUGAGUUCGUGGACCGCUAUCGGGUGCUAAUGCCUGGGGUCAAACCAGCCCACAAACAGGAAGAUCUGCGAGGGACCUGUCAGCGUAUUGUUGUGUCAGUUCUGCUGAGAGACGAUGACUGGCAGAUCGGAAAGACAAAAAUUUUUCUGAAGGAUCACCAUGACAUGCUCCUGGAAAUGGAAAGAGAUAAAGUGAUCACUGACAAGGUCAUUCUCAUCCAGAAGACUGUGAGAGGAAUGAAAGAGAGAACUAAAUUCCUGAAGGUUAGAAGAGCUGUGAUGUUAAUCCAGCGCAUAUGGAGAGGCUACAUCACUAGAAAGCACUACGCUGUGAUGCGUGUAGGUUUCUUGCGACUUCAGGCCUUGUACAGGUCACGGAAACUGCAUCAGGAGUAUCAGGCGACCAGGAUACGUGUCACAUUGCUGCAGGCCUGGUGUCGAGGACUCCUGGUACGGCGUACUUUUUCCAAACGCUUCCAUGCGGUUCUGACAAUCCAGGCUUAUGCUCGAGGAAUGAUAGCACGGAGACAGUGCAAGAGACUCAGACUGGAGCGGGAUCGUCGGUUAGAAGCGGAGCGGCAGCGUCUGGCUGAAGAGGAGCGUCUGAAAAACCAGAUGACGGCGCGCAGGGCUCGGGCUGAGGCAGCCAGGAAGCAUCAGGAGCGCCUGGCGCAGCUCGACCGAGAGCAGGAGGAGAGAGAGCUGGCAGAGCGCAACGAGACACGGAGGAAAAAAGAGCUUCUAGAGCAGAUGGAGAGAGAAAAAAAGGAGCCAGUAAAUGACUCCGACAUGGUGGACAAGAUGUUCGGAUUCCUGGGCAAUGCCAAUUCCCUUCCCAACCUGGAGGGUGAAGCACCAGAAGGGUUUGAGGAUCUAGAGAAUGCUCCAAAACAGUUUAAGGAAGUCAUUGAUGAGCCUCUUCCACUUCCUGACGAUGAAGAGGAGGACCUAUCGGAGUAUAAGUUUGCAAAGUUUGCUGCAACCUACUUCCAGGGAAAUGCAACACACAUGUAUGUACGCCGGCCACUGAAACAGCCUCUUUUGUUUCAUGAAGAUGAAGGAGAUCAGCUAGCUGCUCUGGCUGUGUGGAUCACUGUGUUGAGGUUUAUGGGAGAUCUUCCAGAACCCAAAUAUCAUAUCAGUAUUAGUGAUGGCAGUGAGAAGAUACCAGUUAUGACUAAAAUCUAUGAGACGUUGGGAAAGAGAACCUACAAAAGGGAGCUGCAGGCCUUGCAGGUGGAUGAGGAGAAACAUGAAGUCCACUCCAAAGACACUUAUACUCUAUCAAGUUCCACAACUGACAUCCAGAAGAGAAACAGUGUUCGUCAUAAGCUGGUGUCCCUCACAUUAAAGAAGAAAUCAAAGCUUACAGAGGAGGUGACUAGAAGGCUGACGGACAGCGAUUACAGUCUACAGGGAAAUAGCAUGCUGGAAGAUCGACCCACCUCAAAUUUAGAAAAGCUACACUUCAUCAUUGGCAAUGGCAUUUUACGUCCAGCUCUCAGAGAUGAAAUCUACUGUCAGAUCUGUAAACAACUGAGCCAGAAUGCAUCUAAAAGCAGUCAUGCCCGUGGCUGGAUCUUGCUCUCCCUCUGUGUGGGCUGCUUUGCUCCUUCGGAAAAGUUUGUAAAAUAUCUGCGGACGUUCAUUAACAGCGGGCCUCCUGGUUAUGCGCCGUAUUGUGAAGAGAGACUAAGAAGAACUUUUGCAAAUAAAACGAGAACUCAGCCUCCUUCUUGGCUUGAGCUGCAGGCCACUAAAUCUAAGAAACCCAUCAUGUUGCCGGUGACCUUCAUGGACGGCACCACUAAGACCCUGCUGACAGACUCUGCCACAACAGCUGAAGAGCUCUGCAAUGCUCUGUCAGAUAAAAUCGGCCUGAAGGAUCGCUUCGGCUUCUCCUUAUACAUUGCACUUUUUGAUAAGGUCUCAUCACUGGGCAGUGGGAAGGAUCAUGUGAUGGAUGCGGUGUCGCAGUGCGAGCAGUACGCUAAAGAGCAGGGGGCUCAGGAGCGCAACGCCCCCUGGAGGCUGUUCUUCAGGAAGGAGAUCUUCACCCCCUGGCACAACCCAGCAGAGGACGGUGUGGCCACCAACCUCAUCUACCAGCAGAUUGUGCGCGGGGUCAAAUUCGGAGAGUAUCGUUGUGAUCGGGAGGAGGAUCUGGCUGAGCUGGCCUCUCAGCAGUACUAUGUGGAUUAUGGGCCGGAGAUUUUACCAGAACGUCUUCUGAGCCUUAUUCAAUCCUACAUCCCAGAUCGAGAAAUCACUCCCUCUAAGACAGUGGAGAAAUGGGCUCAGAUGAUAAUAGCGAUUCACAUAAAGGGAAUCUACACACAGAAGAGGUUCGACUCGCAAAGAGUGAAGGAGGAGGUGGUGGAUUUCGCUCGAUUUAAGUGGCCUUUGUUAUUUUCACGCUUCUAUGAGGCCUUCAAAUUCUCAGGGCCGAGUCUUCCAAAGAAUGAUGUUAUAGUGGCUGUGAACUGGACGGGAGUCUACUUUGUGGAUGAGCAGGAGCAGGUCCUUCUAGACCUUUCUUUCCCAGAGAUCACUGCGGUCUCCAGCAGCAGAGGUGGAAAACUGCAGGGACAGAGCUUUACCCUGGCCACUAUUAAAGGAGAUGAGUACACCUUCACAUCCAACAACGCUGAAGACAUCCGGGAUCUGGUUGUGGCUUUUCUAGAGGGCCUGCGUUCCAGGUCAAAGUUUGUGGUGGCAAUGAUGGACAGCCAUUAUCCAGCUGGGCAAGAUGCUUCGUUCCUGAGAUUCUCAAAGGGAGAUCUGAUCUUUCUGGAUGAGCACACUGGAGAACAGGUCCUGACUUCAGGCUGGGCUCAUGGGGUCAAUGACCGAACCAAGAAGAGAGGAGACUUUCCUGCGGACAAUGUCUAUGUGCUGCCCACCAUCACCAGGCCACAGUAUGAUAUUGUGUCAUUGAUCAUCAUGUCUCCAGACCAGCGUAAGGACUCUGUAAAUUUGUCCCAGCAGAAUCUGCUGGACAGUGGGGAGAAAGUCCAGCCGUACACUUUAGAGGAGUUCUCCUACGAUCACUUCAGACCACCUUCCAAGAGCACCCUGAGCCGCGUGAUCAUCAAUAAAGGUAGAGGGAAGGAUAAAAUCUGGUGCUGCACCAGAGAACCUCUGAAACAGCCUCUGCUGAAAAAAAUCCUCAGUCAUGAAGAGCUGAGCCAGGACGCCUGCCAGGCCUUCAUUGCCAUUCUGAAGUACAUGGGCGAUUACCCGUCAAAGAGGAGCCGCUCGGUCAAUGAGCUCACUGACCAGAUCUUUGAAGGAGCUUUAAAAGCUGAACCUUUAAAAGAUGAGAUCUACUGUCAGAUCAUCAAGCAGCUCACUGAGAAUCAUGUGAAAUACAGUGAGGAGAAGGGCUGGGAGCUGCUCUGGCUCUGCACUGGACUCUUUCCUCCCAGUAACAUGUUGCUCCCUCACGUCCAGAAGUUCCUGCAGUCCAAGAAACAUCAUCCGGUUGCUCCAGACUGCAUGCAGAGACUGCAGAAAGCCCUGCGUAAUGGGUCCAGAAAGUAUCCUCCUCACCUUGUAGAAGUGGAGGCCAUUCAGCACAAAACCACCCAGAUCUUUCACAAAGUGUACUUUCCUGAUGACACUGAUGAGGCUUUUGAGGUUGAAUCCAGUACAAAAGCCAAAGAUUUCUGCCGAAACAUCGCCGGCAGGAUGAUGCUUCAUUCCUCUGAAGGUUUCAGCUUGUUUGUCAAAAUUUCUGACAAGGUGAUCAGUGUGCCAGAAGGAGAUUUCUUCUUUGACUUUGUUCGACAUCUGACAGACUGGAUCAAAAAAGCCAGAGCUGUGAAAGACGGCACAGUUCCUUCAUUGACCUACCAAGUGUUUUUCAUGAAGAAACUGUGGACUAACACUUUCCCAGGCAAAGAUCCCAUGGCCGACUCCAUUUUCCAUUACUUCCAGGAGCUUCCAAAGUAUUUGCGGGGCUAUCACAAGUGCUCUGUUGAGGAGGCCUUUCAGCUUGCUGCGCUCAUAUACAGAGUCCGGUUCGAGGAGGACAAAUCCCACUUCGUGCACUUCAGCAAGAUGCAGAAAGAGCUGCUUCCUCAAGACCUCAUUCAUCAACUCUCACCCGACGACUGGAAACGGUCUGUCGUCACACACUUUAACAAGCAUGCUGGGAAAUCUCGAGAGGAAGCAAAACUCAUGUUUCUGGAAAUCAUUUACAAGUGGCCUACUUUUGGAUCUGCCUUUUUUGAAGUCAAGCAAUCGUCAGAUCCACAUUUCCCAGAAGUCCUCUUGAUUGCGAUCAACAAGCUUGGUGUUACUCUUAUUGACCCGAAAACAAAGGAUAUUUUGGGAACACACCCCUUCACCAAAAUCUCCAACUGGAGCAGUGGACACACAUAUUUCCACAUCACCAUUGGAAACCUGGUCAGAGGCAGCAAACUUCUGUGCGAAACAUCACUAGGAUACAAGAUGGAUGAUCUUCUGACCUCCUACAUCAGUCAGAUGCUGACCACCAUGACCAAGCAGCGCAGUUCACGGACAAACAACAAGUAAAACAUGACUUUUGACAGUGCGCUGUUUAUUCUUAAGCACACAGUAUUUCCUGGAUCAGUCAUUUUGAUACACAAACAUCAGCUGAAUCUGCUAUUAGUGUGGUUACCUUUUCAUACUGGAGCCUUAAUUGUAAAUUGUGAGUUUAAUUUAUUUAAUAGCAUUUCUCAGUCUUUUAAUGUUGAAUGAAGAACACGUUUAACUGACUGUCAGCAUACUUGUUGCCUUUACAUUUCAGGCCCUAAUGUUUUUUUUUUUUUUUUAAUUAUUAUUACUCUGAUACCAAUUUGAAAGUCAGAUCAAUUUCCUGAUACAAUUUAUCAGUUUGUGGAAUGAUUUGUGUGUCAUUUUGCCAAUUAAAUGCAUUAUGAAGAUUUAGAAAUGUUGCCAAAAUUGUUGCACAUUUGGUUUUGGUCCUUAUAGUGUUUACACAGCACUGUUUUUAGCUAACUUUUAAAGCGUUUCAAAUAAAAAAAAACAUCAUGAACUUCUUGUAAUCUAAAUUUAAUAGACUAUUGUCAUGCUAAUAGACUAUUGUCUUGUAAGCAUACUUGUUUCUUUUUCUGGGUUAUUUGAAACCACUUAUCUAAAAGUCUAAAACUAUCAUCUUAGUAAUGUUUUCGGAAAGGCACUUCUUGACCUUUGUAAAUGCUCCACUGCAAAGAUAAGUAUUAAAAUGGAUUUUCUAAAUUGAAAAAUUAAUCAAUCACAAUUGCACAAGAUGUUUAGGGUAAAUGAUUGAAUCUUUAGCCAUUAUCCAAUUUAUUUAUUCUUCCUUUUUUUAAACACAUCUAUUCAUUUGUAGUUUCUAAUUUUGGUAUGUUGGAAGCUGCUGUUUAUAAAUAAAACGAUAAUAUAUUUGA